UUUUCUCCCACAACGCCCUCCCCCUCCCUCACUUUCACUCGAAAUCACACACACAGAAAGAGCUGAGUUAUGAGCAGUGAGGAGCUGUAGCCUGGAGUCUCCGGCUAAGGCUUUCGGAAUCAUACUCCUCGUCUCUUUCUUGUUCCAACAGCAAUCACUGGGUGAGCCUAAGAUGACUCAGAAUUCAUUGUAUGCAAAUACCUAAAUGCAGCGGGAGAUAAAACGGAAGAGCAAACCGUCUGUGCUGCCGUUCAUACUUUCUGUGGAAUACAAGCCCUUGGAUUAAGGCUUGGACUGUAGAGUUAAGACACCAUGGACUCGGAAGUGGUCACGGGAGCACGCAGACAGCAUGCAGACAGCAAGUGUGAGCAGUCUAAUUUUCUGCAGGAACAUGAGGAGGUGCAGGAGCAGUCACUGCACUAUGAGGAAAGGAUAACUGAGCUCCACAGUGUCAUCGCUGAACUCAAUGAGAAGAUUGGUCUGCUGCAGUGCACAAUCAUCAGAGAAGAUGAGUUUUCAGAGUUACACUGCGAGCUCAGCCAUAGCCAACAGGAACCCAGUGAAGACGAGCACAGUGUGGACCAGGACCUGGACCAGGACCCUGACCAACCAUCUCGUGUCUCAUUGCCUGAAAACCAGUCAAUGCUGGUCACUGCAGACAUGGAUAACUGCAGUGAUCUAAAUUCGGAGUUGCAGCGGGUGCUGAUGGGCCUCGAGAGUGUGGUGUGUGGCCGCAAGAAGACUGCCUGCAGCCUCUCAGUGGCUGAGGUGGACAGACAUAUUGAGCAGCUCACCACAGCCAACCAGCACUGUGACAUUGCCAUUAAGACUGUAGAGGAGAUCGAGGGGGCACUGGGAAAAGAUUUUUAUCCAAGUCUGUGUGAGGAGCGUGUUCGCUGGGAGAAGGAGCUGGCGGGUUUGCAAGAAGAGAAUGAGAGUUUGACAGCGAUGCUUACCAGCAAGGAUGAAGAGCAUAACCGCACCAAAGCCACCAUGAGUGCCAUUCGUGAGGAGAGAGACCGCCUCCGCCACCGUGUGCGGGAGCUGCAGAUUCGUCUACAGAGUGUCCAGCCUGGUGGGGGACAUUCCAGUCCUGGUCGUGUGACCCCUGCUGGGCGAUCCAUUAACCCGAGCACAGGCGAGCUCAGCACCAGCAGCAGCAGCAAUGACAUUCCUGUAGCAAAGGUGGCAGAGAGAGUAAAGCUUUCCAAAACCCGGUCAGAGUCAUCAUCAAUGGAGAGAGCCAUGCUGGGCUCAGAGUUUAGCAGUGUUGAGGUGUCCAAUAAUGUAGCGGAGCAUCUGGCACACUCUCUGCAGGACUGUUCUAACAUCCAGGAGAUCUUCCAGACACUUUACUCUCAUGGCUCGGUCAUCUCCGAUAACAGAACCCAGGAGUUUGAGGUUGAGACAGAGCGACUAAACAGUCGAAUCGAGCACCUGAAAUCCCAGAAUGAUCUGUUAACCAUCACGCUGGAGGAAUGUAAGAGCAAUGCAGAGAGGAUGAGUAUGCUGAUGGGCAAAUAUGAGUCCAACACUACAGCUCUGCGGCUGGCUCUGCAUUACAGUGAGCAGUGUAUAGAGGCCUAUGAGCUACUGCUGGCUCUGGCAGAGACGGAGCAGGGUCUGCUGCUGGGCCAGUAUAGAGUGGCUAGAGUCAGCACUGUAGGAGAACAAACCAGUGAGGAGUGCAUCCCUCAGAUGCUGAAGCGAGCUCAUGACUGCAGGAAGACUGCAGAGAAUGCAGCUAAAGAUUUGCUGUUUCGGCUGGAUGGCUGCUGUGGAGGCAUAUUUACUGUCACUGGCUGCAAUGUGCAACCCUGGGAGAGCCUGUCCUCCAACAGCCACACAAGCACAACUAGCUCCACGGCCAGCAGCUGUGACACAGAGUUCUCUAAAGAGGACGAGCAGCGUCUGAAAGAUUAUAUCCAGCAGCUGAAGAAUGAUCGAGCGGCUGUUAAGCUCACCAUGUUGGAGCUAGAGAGUGUACACAUCGACCCUCUAAGCUAUGACAUCAAACCAUGUGCAGACUCACACCGACUUGACCUGGAGAAUGCUGUGCUCAUGCAGGAGCUCAUGGCUAUGAAGGAGGAGAUGGCAGAGCUAAAGGCUCAGCUUUAUCUGUUGGAGAAGGAGAAGAAGGCUCUGGAGCUGAAGCUAAACACCCGGGAAGCACAAGAACAGGCAUAUUUGGUACACAUUGAGCAUCUGAAAUCGGAGGUAGAGGAGCAACAGGAACAGCGCAGAAGGUCACUCAGUUCUAUAGGCAGCAGCAUCAAGAACAAAAGUGCCAAUAACUCUGAUUCUUCCAUGAUUAAGGCAUCAGACCUGAGAAGUCUCAAUGACAGUGAACUGGCAGCAGAGCUCACCAUUGCCCUCCAUAAGGAAAUGAAACUGAAGGUUCGAGUGAAGGACCUGGUGGCUGUGCUGGAGAAACUCACGAAAAGUAGUGAGAUUCAUCACCAGCAAUCAGCAGAGUUUGUCAGUGACCUCAAACGAGCCAACAGUAACCUGGUGGUGGCAUAUGAGAAAGCCAAAAAGAAACAUCAGAACAAGCUGAAGAAGCUGGAGUCCCAAAUGAUGGCCAUAGUGGAGAGACAUGAGACGCAGGUGCGAAUGCUCAAACAGCGCAUCACUCUUCUGGAGGAGGAGAUAUCACACCCGCACACCAAUGAGACCUCCCUCUGAUGCACACACAGACUUGGUUGUACAAACUCAGAAAAUAGUGCGUUCUUGCGCACAUUCCUCCUUAAAACCUUCUAUAUCUUCACUACUCAACCAUUGAGUCAGCCAUAUAACCAGUAGCAUCAAAGUCCCUUACUAACAAGUGAGAGCUGUUAGUUAUUCGAGGCACAUAUACAGUGGUGCUUGAAAUUUGUCAACCCUUUAGAAUUUUCUAUAUUUCUGCAUAAAUAUGACUUAAAAACAUCAUAAGAUCUUCAGACAAAGUAGACCAAGCGAACCAUAUUAAUCAAAUGAGACAAAAAUAGUAUACUUCGUCAUUUACUUACUGAGGAGAAUGUUACAAUAUUACAUAUCUGUGAGUGUCAAAAGUAUGUGAACCUUUGCUUUCAGUAUCUGAUGUGACCCCAUUGUGCAGAAAUAACUACAACUAACCAUUUCCAGUAAUUGUUGACCAGUCCUGCACAGCAGCUUAGAAGAAUUUUAGCCCAUUCCUCAUGUACAGAACAGCUUCAGCUCCGGGAUGUUGGUGGGCUUCCUCACAUGAACUGCUUGCUUUUGGUCCUUCCACAACAUUUCUAUUGGAUUAAGGUCAGGACUUUGACUUAGCCAUUCCAAAACAUUGUCAUUCUACAGAAGAUUAUUCUAGCAAGUCACUGACUUGCUGCAUGACCCACAUUGUCAUUCUACAGAAGAUUAUUCUAGCAAGUCACUGACUUGCUGCAUGACCCACUUUUUCUUGAGAUUCAAUUCAUGGACAGAUGUUCUGACAUUUUCCUUUAGAAUUCACUGGUAUAAUUCAGAAUUUAUUGUUCCAUCAAUGAUAGCAAGUCCUCCUGACCCAGAUGCAGCAAAACAGGCCCAAACCAUGACACUACCACCAACCUGUUUCACAGAUCGGAUAAGGUUCUCAUGCUGGAAUGCAUUGUUUUCCUUUCUCCAAACAUAACACUUCUCAUUAAACAAAAAUGUUCUAUUUUGGUUCCAUCUGUCCACAAAACAUUUCUUCCAAUAGCCUUCUGGGCUUGUUCAUGUGAUCUUUAGCAAACUGCAUCAAUGUUCUUUUUGAGAGCAGUGGAUUUCUCCUUGUAACCCUGCCAUGCACACCACUGUUGUUCAGUGUUCUCCUGAUGGUGGACUCAUAAACAUUAAUAUUAGCCAACUUGAGAGAGGCCUUUAGUUGCUUAGAAGUUUCCCUGAGUUUCUUUGUAACCUCGUGGACUAUUACACAUCUUGCUCUUGGUGAUCUUUGUUGGUUGGCCACUCCUGGGGAGGGUAACAAUGGUCCUGAAUUUCUUCCAUUUGUACACACCCUGUUGGUGGAAUCCAAACUCUUUAGAGAUGGUUUUGUAAUGUUUUCCAGCCUUAUGAGCACGAAGAACUCUCUUUCUGAGGUCCUCAAAAAUCUUCAUUGGUCAUGCCAUGAUACACAUCCACAAAGAUCAGAGAAGAUCAGACUUAAAUCCCUGUUCUUUAAGUAUAACAGGGCAUUCACACCUGAUUGUCAUCCCAUUAAUUGAAAAGAUUGUUGGGUGAAAAUUACGAUAGAAAUAAAACACAAGGAAGACAAGCAUGGGAAAAUAGGGGGGUUUAUUGCAGAUGGAUGGUCACAUAGUUCAGGUCACAGGGCUUAUGUCCUGGAAGGAAGGAGGUAGAAAAGGAUGCUGCCCAGCUGAGAAAGUAAACAAAAAGAAUAGGGUUAUACUCUCCCACACUGGCUUAGGCAUUACAUGAAGUGCUACAACACACAUGCGCUCACACAGGAUUAAAUAUAAGGAAUUGUUACGAUUCCCCCUUGAGACAGCGCUGCAGUUUUCAGUAUGCUCGAAAAGCCGAGGCGUGUGCGCAUGCACGAGCCAGGUGCGCGAGUGCUCAGUGAACGCACGUUUUUCAGUGUUUAAUGACUGUGACUUUGUUUACUGUGGACACGUGUUUUACGAUUAUGUUCUGUCUCCACCUCGUUUAGUCAUUGGUUGUUUUCCGUUAGGUGUGUCAAUAUUGUUUCCAGCUGUCCGCAUUUAACCACGAUUACGUGUCAUUUAAACCCCUCGUGUUUCUGUGCAAUUUGCGCAGUAUUGAGUUAUCUCAUUACCAAGCUGUUGUUUCUCGUGACCUCAUUGUUGAUUCCAGCCUAGCCCAGUUUAUGCCCAUUUGCCAAUCGCCUGACCCAUUGCCUGUGUUGGCCUCUGUAUUACAAUUUGGAUUUGUCUGACUGCCUCUCUCCUUAUUAAACGUCUUGAUCUGCAUUUGCAUCCGUACUCAACUCCCUUACGUCUCGGAACGUUACAGGAAUAGAAGAAUAAGUUACAUACUAGCCAUAUAAUGAUAAGAAGAAGACAGUAGUGUUGAUUGCAGAAAACAAGUAAAAUGUUUGCACUCACCCACAGUGAAAAGCAAUGGGAGAUUGAAGAAAAAGGUCAAACCUCACUCGUUGAUGGCCAAAAUGAUAAUGCCCUAGGGAGCUGAUGAGGUUUUUAAAAAAGGGAAAUUGAAAACAGCUGAACUUAAGGGAAUGGGAAAAAACCCGAAAAAAGGAACUUAAGGGCAUGCGAAAAACCUGAAACAUAUAGGGCUGGUAAAAAAGCUUUAACUGUAAACAUACUGGGAACGGAAGAAACCAAAACUCAUACAUAUUGGGAAAGGGCAAAUUAGGGGGCAGACCCAAGGGAUAGCAAACUCUAUAAAAAAGGAAGCCCGGACUAAAAGUAAUUCAGAUGACUUUGGGACGUCUCACUGUGUGGAUCUCGUGUUGGUGAACAAUAAAAUUGGACCCUUGCUUUUCUCACUCAUGGUUCUUUGUUUUUCUUCAUCCACAAGAUGAUAUAAGUAUUUGACUUAAAAUCUUGGUAGUGUUUAACUUUUUUGGAAAUUGGUCCCACGAGACCUGACUCUCACCUUCAAAUUAAUUGCUAAUCCUAGAGGUUCACAUACUUUUGACACUCACAGAUAUGUAAUAUUUGACCAUUUUCCUCAAUAAAUAAAUGACCAAGUAUAAUAUUUUGUAUCAAUUAUUUAAAUGGGUUGUCUUUGUCAACUUUUAGGACAUUGGUGUGAAAAGCCGAUAAUGUUUUAGGUCAUAUUUAUGCAGAUAUCUAGAAAUUCUAAAGGUUUCACAAACUUUCAAGCACCACUGUAUGGCAACUGCCUUGUUGUAAGCCAGAAUGUACCUGCCACCUUUGCUGAAAGUAUUUAACACACAUAUCUUUAUAUGUUUCAUUACGGCACCGGACAAAAGUUCCUUGGCCAAUGCAGAUUUGUGAUUCAUCACUGAAUAUCACUUUCAUCCAAUCAUCCACACUCUUCUCUUUAGCCCACUGUAACCUUUUCUUCUGUUUAGGUGUUAAGGCUGGAUUUCGUUCAACUUGUCUAUAUGUAAAUCUCAUUUCAUUCAGCCGAUUUCUUACAGUUCUUUCAAACAUUGACUCAUGUUUCUGUCCAUUUGUUUUUCAUUUGUUUCUUUUGUUCAUUUUCUAUUUUCAAGGCAUAUUGCUUUGUUAUCUAUCCUGAUGCUUCUAUCCUGCAUUUUCCUUAGUCUACCCGUAUGUCUUCCUUUUAUAACCUUCCCAAUUUGUUUAUGCUUGCACCAACAUGUUUUGACACAUUCCGUGUUGGAUUUACUUUUUGAAGGAGUUUUAUAAACCUUUCCAUUGUUGUAAUUGACAACUCUCGUGUUGGGGCCAUGUUUCCUUUCAAAAAGUCCAAGGUUAAGGUCUGUAAACAAUCACGUUUAACUGUAGAUUAAUGUGCAAUUUUUGAACUUGUAGUGGUAUUUGUUUUAGAAAUGCAAAUUACAAGGUGAUUCCAUAAUUUGUUCCUCAACAUUGUCAUUCCAUAAUUUUGUCCUCUACUUGAUCCUGAAAAAAUAUGCCAUUUAAUUAAAAUAAUUUCAUUUAACUUGUUUGAGAUGUUUCACAAAGCUAGAAUGUUCAGCUAUUAAGCAAAAUUGUUUCGUGGCAUAUCUGUGAUUUCUUUAUUUGCUAUAAAGUAAAAAAGUUGGGUGAACAUCCUCUAAGGUUAAAAUAUAUAUAAGUACCAUAAUAACAAUGGUGCUGUUCAUUAAAUCUAGAGGAGAACCUGACUAAACAGCCAAAAGUUAUCAGAAAACUGUAAUGUCUGAUGAUUAUAGUCUCUGUGGGACAUCCACUUCACGUCUUAUGGUCUAACAUUAUUUGUCUGUUAAGCAUGCAUGAUUACAUAAAGCUUACAAUGAGUACACAUUGGUUAACUGUAAUCUAAAGAGCAGCACAUAAGCUGUCUGGGCCUCAUGCAGGAGACGUGCGUAUAGCCACCCUUAAUUCAGUUAUGCACAAGUUGCUAAGCAUACAGUAUGUCCAGGUCUCUCCUUCUGGCUUUAGGGUGUUUACGUAUCUUGCGUCUGGACUAUGAAGUGAGCUUAUCCAAGUUCCUACUUAUCUCCUGUUUUUCUAUUCAUUAAAUAAUUCACAUCAAGGUGGUACCACGCACAUUAUAUGUGUGUGUGUGUUUUUUUUCUUUUCUCCCCCCAAUUUCUGUCUGGUAUGGUCCUCUCACAAUACAUUUGUUAUGGCACUUUAACAAUUAGGAGCUGUUUUCCACACUGUUAGCAUAGUUCCUGCUAGCAAGGUUAUGCUUCAAAGCAUAUAUUUACAAAAAAGGCCAAUUUAAAAUUAUGCCUUGUCUGUGCUUGUGUUGUUUUCCUGUAAUAAAGUCAUAAAUUAUGUCUUGAAGCUUCAGUUAGGAUAAGUCGCAGUUUGUGAAGUCAGUGAAGUUUGGCAGACUAUUUUGAGUAGUCUAAGAUCUGAGAAUAUUCAACAUCAAAGCCCCAUUCUCUACCCAUUUGAAGAAACAUUGUAGCUGUUCAGUUUUAUCUUACAGACAUGAUUACAUCACUGAUCUAUAUAAAGGUAACACAACUAAUGCGCAACUAACGGAAUUAUUAGCUCUAUCAACAUAUAGAAAAGUAUGAAACUGCACCACAUUUGAAUGACUUCAAAAUUAUUAUUAUUUUUUAAUUGUUUUAAAUUGUUAAUAAGCCAAACAAUGGGUUAUGCGUGUCAAUCUGGCUCAUGUGUGCCAUGAUUUACACAUGCACAAUGCCUUAUCCUUUACUUUCUUGUUAACAACACUAUAUGGCCAAAAGUAUGUAAACACCUAACCAACAAACCCAUAUGUGAACUUACCCCAAACUAUUGCCACAAAUUUUGAAGCACACAAUUGUCUAGAAUGUUUUUGUAUGCUGUAGCCUUAAGAUUUCCCUUUCCCAGAAGUAAGGGUCCUAUCUCAAUCCUAACCCAGCAUUACAAUGCCCUUGUGCACAAAGCAAAAACUCUAUAAUAAGAUGUUAUUAACACACACACACACAUGGGUGUGAUUGGUCAGGUGUUGGGGUUGUUAUUUAAACCCAAAUGUAUGUGAUCAACCACUUUUGGUGUUAACCUGACACUGGUUAUAUUUACUUUUUCCUAGAAUGUUUGUUGGUGUAAUAUGAGAAAGGAUGGCAGAACUUCAUAAAAACAGGUGCCACAGCAAUAGAACACAGAUUUAAUAGUAAUAAAAGGAGUGACUCACACUUUUUGUGGAUUGCUGAUUGGUACACAGAAUUCAAAGAUUGAUCUAAAAGAGUGGCAGGAUGUCUGUGUAUCAUGCAGUGCCCAUUGCUCAGCAAAAUGGCAUGCUGAAGAGACAAUAGGUGGGUUCUAGAGCUGUAUCUAAUUUGCACAGAUGUUAAUAAAUCAAAUCUUUGCAAUGAAAAAUAAAAAUACAGAAUAUGUAUAAUAAAUAAACAAAGCAAUGUAAAUUAACCUAAAGUUUAAUUUUUUUUUAAUCAUUAUAUAUUUAUUCUAGUGCAAAGUUGCAGGUUGUAGGACAUAUCCUCAUCGACUGCUUUAAUAGGAACUAUAGGAAUUAUCCACUCAGUUAAUCAUGUGACAGCAGCACAAUGCAUAAAAUCUACAGAUACAGAUCAAGAGCUUCACUUAAUGUUCACAUCUAUGGCCAGGGUAAGUAAAUAAGUAAGUAGGUAAAGCUUUAUUUAUAUAGCACUUUUUUAAAACAAUGUUUACAAAGUGCUUUACAGAAGACAUACAGUAGAUACCGGAAAAUAAAAUCAGUAGUAAGAAAUAAAUAAAAUAAAAGCCUAAGCAAAUAAAAUGGAAAAAAUAAAAGACUAUUAAUAAAAUCAAGUAUGGAAAACUAACUGGUUUGAGGAAAGGCCCCUGUGAACAAAUGAGCUUUAAGAUACUUUUUAAAAGUGCUAAUUGAAUCAACUGCACAUAGGUUGUCAGGGAGAGAGUUCUAUAGUUUAGGCCCAUAGUGACUAAAAGGCCGACUCCCCGCUGUUCAGCUGCGUUUUAGGUACAACCAGCAGGUUGCAACUGAUCUAGCAGGAGUAUAUUUAGUGAUCAUAUUACAAAGGUAUGUAGGAGCACCACCAUGAAGACAUUUGGAAAAUUAAUAACAGGAUUUUAAAAUCAAUUAUGUAAGACACAGGUAGCCAGUAAAGUGAUUUAACUGCUGGAGUGAUAGGAUUCUUCAGUCAGCAUUCUUGUAGCAGCAUUCUGAACUCUUUGUAAGUGUUUAAUGGAGCUCUUUGGUAAGCCCACCAAAACACUGCUGCAGUAGUCGAGUCUCGAUGUAACAAAUGCAUGUAUGAGUUUCCCACUAUCCACGUGGGAGAAAAUAUCAUGUACUUUAGAGAUGUUACAAAUGUUACAAAGGUGAUAUGCCAUUUUACAAACAUUGCUAAUGUUUUUUGUUUUUUUUUAAACUAGGCUCAUUGUUAAACACAGUCCCUAAAUUCUUAACACAGUCAUUAGCCUUGAAAGACAAGGAGUCUAUAUAUGGCAUAAUUAACUUUCUCUAUGCAUAAUUUCUGAUAAUAAGUACCUCUGUCUUAUCUUUAUUUAGUUGCACCAGCUAAUGGCAGCAUAUAUAACUUAAAUAACAAAGGACACAAAAUUGAGCCUUGGGGAACACCACAAGAUAUCAUAAUGUAUCUGGAGGUGUGUACCCAGUGCAACAUAAUAUUCCCUGCUUCUUAAUUAUGAUCUAAACCAAUCUAGGACUAGGCCUGAUAAGCCAACCCAGUUGUGUAGUUGGUCAAGCAUAAACCCAUGGUUGACUGUGUCAAACGCAGCACUGAGAUCUGAAGGAACUAGAAUUGACAAAUUACCAGAGUCCUUAUUUUGUUGCAGAUCAUUUAAAACUUUUAGAAGAGCAGUUUCUGUUCUAUGGUUGGACUGAAAGCCAGACUGAAAUGUCUCAUUAAGGUUAUUGAUGUUGAGAGAGUUAUUGAACUGUCUGGACACAACUUUUACAAUUAUUUUGCCAAUAAAUGGAAGAUUAGAGUUAAGUCUGUAGUUACUGAGCACAGAAGAAUCAAGAUAGUUUCUCUUCAACAGAGGCCAAACUAUAGUUGUCUUAAAGGUGUGUGGAAAAAUUCCUUGCUGGAGGGAUUAACAAUGCUCAGGAUGUCUGGGAAUAAUCAAUUUAAAACCAAAUUAAUAAAGCUGGUGGGUAAUGGGUCGAGAGAGCAGCUAAAAGAAUUCAUAAGUGAUGUAACCAGGGCAAUUGUGUUAGGGCUGACCACUGAGAAAGAGGAUAGAUUAUAUUUAACAGCAGUAGGUGGAGAUUUAGAAAACAUACCAGCAGGAUGUUUUGCCUUAUGAUAGUAAUUUUAUCACUGAAGAAAUCUGCAAACUUUUCUACACUUUUCAGCUGUGAAAUGGUCUGAUAAUAGUUUAAGUGAGGGGUUUAGCAUCUUAUCUAUGGUGGAAAAUAGGAAUUUGGGGUUGUCUUUGUAGCUGUCAAUUAAACUUAAAGAUUUUCUAGCAGACCUCAUUUCGUUAAGUAUAUUCAAGUUGUUUUUUUAUAGAUAGCAUGGUGAACCAUAAGCUUUGUGUGCUUCCAUUGCUUUCCUGCUCUUCUGCAGUCUCUUUUUACAAUGGAGGUACUAUUUCUCCAAGGGGCAGCUUUAAUUAUCCUAGAGACAACAGAGUUAAUACAUUUGAUCAGCCUGACACUAAGGCACUUUUCCACUUCACAGUAUGGCUUGGCUCGCUUUACUUUUCUGAGCUUGCUUUUCCUCUGCAGUUUAGUGCCUCCUCAACGUGGGUGCCAUCUUCCACUCAGCUUCACGCAGGAAUAAUGUAUUAUCAAAGCCCUGUACAAAUAGACAGUCAGGCUGCAUUCCAAAUGCCUUUCCUGUUCACUGAACACAGAACCUAUUAAAGAUGUAAAAUAAUGGCAUUCUAGAACCUACGAUAUGAGGAAUUGGAUUCAGCAGGAGUAACUUUGAUAAAUGCCUGUUUGGAAAUCGGUAACAAGCGAGAUGUAAAAAUCUAAGACAGAAACCUUUUCUCAGAAACAGACUUUCAUCUGUAAUGAGAAUUGAUACAUAAUUUUCAAUUAAUAGAAUAAUACCAUACACAAAGUAUGUAUUAAAUGAAACAUUUAUUCAGGCAAAAUACAGAACAACUAGUUAAGGAGAAUUCCCUACUCCCUCGGUGCGUGGCUAACAAAGUAUCGGCUCGGCUCACUUGGAACCUCGACCGAGAUGGUAUAAAAAAAAAGUACUAGGUACUAGCCACAGUGGAAAGCCCCAAAUAAGCAAGCAGUCGAGUCGAGCCGUAGCUUGCAGUGUAAAAGUGCCAUAAAGCUCCCCACUAGAAUGUCUGAGGAAAGGAGUGAAAGAGGGGGGAGAGAUGAUAUGAGCUCCAUGAAGGUGGCAGUUGUAUCAGCAGUGAGAUAACGCUUAGUGACAGUCCUCUUAUCAAUCACAGUACAUGCUGAAAUUUGAAAGAAGACACAAUAGUGGUCAGACAUGACAAUGUCAACUAUCUUUGGUUCAUUAAUAGCUAAACCAUAUGAGGUCACCAGAUCGAGUGUAUGGAAAUGUUUGUGUGUGGGGCCAGAAACAUGCCAAAAGAGUUCAUUAACCCCGUGAAGCUGAGAGUCCAUGGAUCACCUAGAAAGCAGUUCCUAGAAAUCAUCAAGAAAAACUUCAAGUCUAGGAGGAUGAUAGAUGACUAAUAAAACAACAGACUGCUCACCCUUGAGAUGCAAUGCAAGGUACUUGAGUUGUUUCCAAAUCUGUUUGCAACAUAAAGUAUGAUGGUAUAGACAGGCAACACCCCCUGCCCUUCUUAUUCACUUUAGGGACACGGAAGAAUUAAAAACCUGUGGGAAAUGUUUCAUUAAGUACAAAAUUGUAAUUACUCUCAAGCCAUGUUUCUAUUAGUAAAAGAAAAUGCAGCUUAUAUUUUUCAACAAGUUGGCAAAUUAUGAAAGACUUAUUUGUUAAUGACCGUACAUUUAGUACUACGUAUUUAAGAACAGGGAGAUAAUAAUUAUGCAAACAAAAUUUUCAUGCCUUUAAAACGGCUUCUCAAGGCAUUUUACACAAUAAGAAAAUACCAAGAGAAAAAAAAAAAAAAACACAAAACAUACAAAAACAAAAUGGUUAAAACCAUUUAAAAAAUGCUAACCUAAAAAAAUAAAAUAAAAAAAAAAUAAAGAGUUUUUAGGUUCAAUUAAACAAUGCUCAAAUUCUGUGCAUCUCUAAUAUGAGCAGGGAGUGCAUUCCAGAGUCUAGGAGCAUAGGACGAGAAAGCCCUGUCCCCUACAGAUUGCAACCGUGUCUGUGGGACAGCCAGUAAACCAGCUUGAGAGGAGCGCAAAUGACGCUUGGGAGUACAUAAAGUUAAAAGCGCAGACGGAUACUGAGGGGCCACACCAUGCAGUGCAUUGUAUAUGAGCAUAAGGAUUUUAAAAAUCAACACAAAACCUGAUCGGGAGCCAGUGCAAGGACUUCAGUAUUGGAGGAUACGGGAUCCUAGCAGCAGAAUUUUGCACACAUUGCAAUUUAUUUAGUGUGGCUUCAGGAAACCCAGCAAGAAGUGCAUUGCAGUAAUCAAUAUGAGAAAAAAUAAAAGUGUUGAUAAGCCUUUCAGUCACAGGAGAAGAUAGCAUAGGGUGAAAUCUAGCGAUAUUUCUGAGAUGAAAAAAGGAAUAUUUCACAGUAGAUUGUACGUGUUGUUCAAAAGACAAACUCUAAUCAAAUAUGACUCCUAGAUUUUUAAAUCAAGUUUGGAACUCCAAAGCAGAUCUGUCUACCUUCAACAUUAGUGAACCAGCUUUACAAAGCAGAUGUGAAGAACCAAUAAGCAAAAUCUUAGUCUCAUCACUAUUAAGACAAAAAGUUUUGGGUCAUCCAUGUUUUUAUCUCAGAAAUACAAUGUGAGAGAAAAGAAACAAACAUUUUGACCAGGCUUAGAGUGAAUAUAAAUCUGAGUAUCGUCUGCAUAGAAGUGACAAUUAAACCGGAGUGAUCUUAAGAGCAAUACAAGAGGAAAUAUAUAAAUACUAAAAAGUAAGGGGCCUAAAAUUGAUCCCUAAAGGACACCAGUAGGAACAAAGCCAAUCUCAGACCUGAAACUACUCAUAAAAACAAACUGGCAGUGAUCAGAGAGAGAAGAUCUAAACAGGUUAUAACAGUCUCAGAAAGUUUGAUAUAGGGCGAUAAUUAUUUAAAUUGUCCAAAUCAACGUUAUGCUUUUUUGUAACUGGGGUUACAGCAGCAGUUUUCAAUGCUGCUGGUACAACACCAGUGCUAAGAUAGCCGCUAAUAAUGCUGAAAACAAUCAGGCACAGAGUUAAAACAAGAUUUAACCCUAAGCUUGUAGGGAGGUGUCAAGCAUGCAAGUGGUGGCUUUCAUAUGUGAUACCUCCCUAGUAAGGAACUCUGAGUCAAUUUGAGAAAAACUAGUGAAAGGUGUGCAAGAGAAGUUAGGCAAACAGAGUGAAAAGGAAAAAAUUGUAGCAUGAAUUAGGUUAUAAACACUGUCAGUUUUAGAACUGAAUAAAGUGACUUAUUACAUAACUGAUGUUCAAUAAAAUAAUUACUUGCACAGUUCAGCUCAAUUAAAUUACAUGUAUUUGAGGACCUCUAUUGUUUUCUACAGCCAUGCCAUAAAGUAUUGCAAAUGACUGGAAUAUUCUGAAAAGUAGCAUGGUUACCUACAUGUCAGACACCAUUAGGGACUGUUGAAAACGUAGUGAGAUAAAUCUUGGGGUGCGAUGCUGACUGAGCUUAGUUAGAAGCCCAUGCCUUUUAUACAUUUCUUCAGUCAUAUUUCUCAGUCAGGUAAUGACUGAUCUGAGGGGUGACUGUGGCUGUGCUAACCGCUUCCCAGGGUUGUGAGUAGCAUUGCUGCUAUUCUUGUUGCUGAAGGCUGUUAAGAGUGUAUGAGAGAUGCUGUAGAGUAGGUUGGAAGUGAGCAUUCGAGUCCCAGUAAUGUUCAAAUGAAACCUGUCCACUGUAAAUAGAUGUCUUCGCUCCCAGAACAGGUUAAAGUUGUCCGGGAAAUGGACCCCUUGUGCAGUGCAUGUAGAGGCCAGCCAGGUGUUUAGACUCAGCAGCAUAGUAAAGGGGCUGGACCCUUGCCUGAUUGUUGGUAUCGGGCCUGAAAUAUGCAAUUUGAUUUGGAUUGUUCCUUAGAAUCUGUUGGAUGUUUUCCAUGAUGUUGCAUACAGUACAGUUCCCUUGGGAAAACAAUAAAUUUUAAUUCUUUUGCUUCUAACAUCCCUGAUUAUUGAGUCUCCAACAAGUAGAGUGGUGCUGUCAAGGGGCUUUGGUGCAUUCUUUCUGCAUGGAAUAAGGAUUUGGUGCUGAGUGAGCUGGCGCAGUGGUGAGUGUAGUGCUGGUGACCCACCGAGCUGCGAGGGGUUAAGUCUCUGUAGUUCUGAUGAUGAUGGUGCAAUGUACUUAACUGAGACUGUGGUGCUGUUUCUUCUGGAGGAACAGCCUGGUAUUCACAGUUGGACUGAGAUGAUUGUGGUUCACUGGUUUCCUUCCUUUGACCACUUUUGGUAAGUACUAAUGUUGUGGAUAAAAAAUGUCAUAAAAUAAACAUAAGGGAGACCUAGCAUCCAGCAAAGGGGAGAAGAAGAAAAGACGGGCACCUAGACACAUAGAAGCGGGAUUAGGCGGACAUUGACAAAUUGGAAUUACACUUUAAAGAUCUUUAAGAGCAGUAAUAGUUAAAAAAGUCAAAAAGAGGUAUACGAGCUGAGCUGAGGAGGGCUAAUACACACACACACACACACACACACACACACACGCUCGUACAGUCAAGGGCGGGCAAGUAGACACAACAUACACACACACAUGAAUAACUUUAAUAAUAUCAUUUAGUAAUAGAGAAACUCUAUAAAAAACAGAAUAGUAGGAUAUGCAGGACAGUAGAACUGUAAUGAUAUUAAGAAGUUGGAAGUACAGUAAACCGCUUUUCAAGUAGUAUAAAUAUAUAUAAAAUAAGAAAUAUAGUGCAAAUAUGAAAAUAAAUUAUAAACUAGAAAUACAGGAAAAUGUAACCUUACUCAUGACUCAAAUGGUGAAGAUUCUCGUCUCGCAAGGAAAGCCUUAAUUUUAAGAGAACCAUGAAGAGAGCCAGUUAUAAGGGUGGCUGGGUCAAACUGCCCCAUCCCCCCCCCCCCCCCCCCCCCCUCGAGAUAACGAUAAGACCAAGGUCCCUCCCGGUUGUUUAGUCGUCUUGUCUACGUCAUCUUAUUUCCCUAGGUAAAUGAGAAUUCUGGUUUCUGACCCCCUAAGGUAACUGAGAAGUCUGGUUUCUGACGCCCUAGGUAACUGAAAAUUCUGGUUUCUGAUCCUCUGAGUAACUAGAAACUCUGGGUUUUUAUUUUCUGGGUUAUUAGAAAUGCCUGGGUUCUGAUUUUAUGUGUAAAUUAAAACCCCUGCUUUCAAUUCUAUGUGUAAGUGAAAUAGCCCUUUUCUGGAACAUAAGAGUAAGGUAAAUGAGCUCUUUUUUAACCCUAUUGGUAGUGAGAUCAUAGUCUUCUUGAAACAUAUGGGUUAUCUAGUGUGUAAAUACAGUAUAAAUACUGGAGCUUAAGCUCAGGGUAUUGGGAUCACUUUUGAGAAUUCUCAUCGGUGUGGAUCUCGUGUGGUGGAAUGGAACAAUAAAGCUGGACCCUUGCUUCUUCUCACUCACGGCUGGUGUAUUUUUUCUAUCUCCAACUGGGCUCAGAGGUAGAUGUGAGUAUUGGCUUCUAAGUUGAAUUUUAAAUGUUUUUGGGUAAUAGGCUAAAUUUGAGCCAACACUAACCAUUGCAUACCAGGAACACCUAACAAGACCUGCUGUUUUGACCCAGUCGACUAGCCAUUACAAUUUGGCCAUUGGUCAAAGUUGCACAGAUCCUUACACUUGCCCAUUUUUUCUGCUUCCAACAUAUCAACUUCGAGAACUGACUGUUCAUUUGCUGCCUAAUCCUUGACCGGUGCCAUUGUAAUGAUAUAAUCAAUGCUCUUCACAUCACCUGUCACUGGUUUUAAUGUUAUGGCUGAUCAGUGUAUAUACACACACACACACUCUUUUAUUAGGAACACAUGUACAACUGCUCAUUCGUGCACUUAUCUAAUCAAUUGUGUGGCAGCAGUGCAAUGCAUAAAACCAUGCAGAUAUGGGCCAACAGCUUUCGGAUAAUGUUCAACUAUCAGAAUGGGGAGAAAAUUGUGAUCAGUGAUUUUGAUCGUGGUAUGUUUGCUGGUGUCAGACAGGCUGGUUUGAAUAUUUCCAUAAUUGCUGGUCUCCUAGGAUUUUCACGCACAGCAGUCUGUCAAGUUUACUCAUAAUGGUGCAAUGAAAAAAAAAACAUCCAGUGAGUUACAGUUCAGUGGAUGGAAACACCUUCUUGAUGAGAAAGGUCAACAGAGAAUGGCCGGAAAAGUUUGAGCUGACAGAAAGUGAUGUUUUUCCAGUUUUCAACUGUUCACUUUUGGUGAACCUGUGCCCAUUGUAGCAUCAAAUUCCUAAUCUUUGCACCAUUCUGUGUAAACAAUAGAGACUGCUGUGUGUGAAAAUCCUAAGAGAUCUGGAGUUUCUGAAAUACUAAAACCAGCCUUUCUGGCAUCAACCACCAUGACAUUCAGUUACUGAGAAUUUUUUUCCCCCCUCUCCAUUUUGAUGUUUGAUUCAACAUUAACUGAAGACCUUGACCUGUAUCUGUACGAUUUUAUGGAUUGCACUGUUGCCACAUGAUUGGCUGACUGGGUAAUUGCAUGCAUGAGCAAGUGUGAGAGAAACUGUCUUUUAUUUUAUGCAGUAAGUUGUGUUCUAUGCCUGCGCAAGGAUGCAUGCCUAAGAAGGUCAUGUUCUUUAGAUUUGUACAGAACAUUUAUCUGCUAACAUAGACACAAACAUGUGUUUCUAUUAAGGAUUCAUAUUCACAUUUGCUAAGACCCUGAAACAAAGCCUGUUGGAACUGCCUCAAACGACUCCUUAUCAAUACAUAGAAGUGAAUCGUGCCCUGCACUUUAUAUAUAAUAGAACACAUUCAGCACAAGCGCCACAGAGCGCUCUCAUCUUCUAUCCUGUAUUCAUCCUUCUGUAAUAAACUUCUUCACCUGAGAGGAUGAGUCUGCGAGUGUUUGUCUAAUUUCCACGACACAAGAAUGUGCAUCCGAGCACCUGUACUGUAAAUCCAAAACAAUUUUAGAAAAAUCUUUCAUAAUCAUAAUUACUAAAUUACAGUAAUAACUUGUUCUUUAGAAGUGCAGAAACAAGAACAAUUUGUAGUUUGUGUACACCCAAUUAACAUUCAUUUUAUUUUUAUCAAGUAUUACAAUUAUUUAUAAUGUGAGUUAUUGCCCAGACUGAACAAACUGUUUUUGUAUAGACAGUUGGUUUGGGAGACACAUAAGAUCUCUUAAAACAAUUUCGUUUAAAAAUGCAGAACUUGUCAGAUAACACAUGACAAAGAACUACAUUAUGAAGAGGCAUGCCAAAAACCUGCGUACCCUGAGUGAUAAUGUGCACAACAAAAUGUCCUAAUGAGAAACAUAUAUUCUGACAUGUUCAUACCUGAUGCAAAACUACUUAAUCCUAAACAAAAUGUCUACAGAAGGAAAAAAGAAAAAGAAAAAAAAAAAGCAAACAAGGCAUCUUGGUAAAAUAAAAACCGAACUGAAGCAAAAAACAAACAAACUGAGGUUUAAUGCUAAUUGCUUAAUUUGGAUAUAAUCUGUUUCAUAAAACACACCCCAGCUAGAUGUGCUCAGCUUUUAAUACAAUGCUACAGAUCAACAGAUUCAUUAUGCAUUAAUUCAUUUAGUUUCUAUUGCCUUUAAGAAAAAAGAUUUAACAGGAUAAUCUUAAAACAUUUCUUAAAAUACAACUGGAUAGAGCAGCAAAUUUGGCACAUUCACACAAAAGCCAGUGUGAAAUCUUAGUUCUGAUGCCAUUUGCUAAAAUGAAUAUAUUUAGCUUUUUUGUUCACAGUGGUUUAAAUGGGGAGCCAAACAUACAAAAUUAUGAGAAAAAAUGGUGGAGUUCUUCCACAGAUAGAAAAGUUCCCUGCAUUAACUGGUGCCAAAACGGUGUGAAUGCUUUGCCACUAUGCAUAUACGAGAUCAAACUAAAAUUAAAAAUGUGCAUCUUAAAAUAUUCAAGGCCCACUCAGUUUGGGAUUGCGUUCUUUCUCAGUUGUUGUAAGAAAGUAGAUUAAAUACAAAAAUGGGGAGAAAACUGCGGAAAAACUCUGAAGCUGUGACAAAUUAAAGAAACAUCAUAACUCAAGUCCAAAAAUGGCCAGUGCACUGGUGACAGGCUUUAUUUCUUUGCCUGCUUGGUGACCAUAUUCCUCGGUGGAGUCACUGGACGGCUCGAGUUCGGCUUCUUCUUUUCUGCUGGUUUCAAAAUCUG